UGUGAAAUGUUCUCAGAUGUGAACGAAUGCGAGAAAAAUCCAUGCGGGCAGAACGCGACGUGCAAAAAUACGCCCGGAAGCUAUGUCUGUUCCUGUAAGGAAGAUUACACUGGGGAUCCGUACAAAGGAUGCGAAGAUAUCAACGAAUGUGUCGCGCUGGAAAAACCUUGUGGACCUCACGCUGUAUGUCAGAACGCUGCGCCUGGAUACACUUGUUUGUGUCCUCAAGGUUAUCAGGGUAGUCCUACACCGCAAGUCGCUUGUGAACAGGUCGACGUGACAACUCUCUGCACUUCAAACUUCGACUGCACCAACAACGCCGAAUGCACGGAGGGACAAUGUUUCUGUCGCUCAGGAUUCAAACCUUCGGGAGCUUCCUGUGUCGAUGUUGAUGAGUGUUCCUCGAAUCCGUGUGGACCAUUCUCAGUGUGCCAUGAUACCGUGGGAAGCUUCAAAUGUGAAUGCGAAAGUGGGUACGUAGGUGCUCCACCAAUGGUCAACUGCAAGGCCCCAUGUGAGGACAUCGCGUGUGGUGAACAUGCUUACUGUAAAGCUGAUGGCAUUGAAGCCUACUGCAUCUGCGAGGAUGGUUGGACCUUCAACCCUGCAGACAUCGCAGCCGGAUGUAUCGAUAUCGAUGAAUGUGACAAGGCAAAUGGACCCAGUGGAAGAUGUGGAGCUAAUGCCAUUUGCACCAAUUUACCAGGUACUUUCGCAUGUCAGUGUGAAGCUGGUUUCACAGGCAACCCCAACACUCAAUGCACCGACAUAGACGAGUGUACAAAACCAGAUACUUGCGGAUUGGGCGCCAUUUGCAAAAAUACUCCAGGAUCCUACCAAUGUGAAUGUCCCGAAGGCACAGUACCAGAUCCAGAUGCCAAGACCAAAUGUAACGAGAUAGUGACUUGUACCGGCGAUGCUGAUUGCCCAGGAAAUGCAGUUUGUGACGGCAAGAAGAGGUGCUUGUGCCCAGAACCCAAUGUCGGCAAUGACUGUAGACAUCCUUGCGAAGCCACAGUUUGUGGACCUAACGAAGAAUGCAUGUUGGUCAACCAAGAAGCCAAAUGCAUCUGCAGCAAUGGAUAUACUGGUAGUGCCUCAGGCUGCGUGGAUAUAGACGAAUGUGCUGGCAAUCCAUGUCCAUCCGGAGCAGUUUGCAAAAACGAGCCAGGCUCUUUCUCGUGCCAGUGUCCAGGCGGUACCACCGGAGAUGCUUACAGAACAGGUUGCACGAAGAUCACCAAACCUCACGGCUGCUCCGAAGCCAACCCUUGUCCAUCUGGAGAGCAAUGCGUCCUGGACGACUUCCUUCAAGAGAGUGUCUGUAUCUGUGUACAAGGCUACGUUAGAGAUCCCGAGACAGGAAAAUGUAGAGACAACGAUGAAUGUACUGAACUUAGAGACAAACCAGUCUGCGGCAUCAACGCGAUUUGUAAGAACCUUCCAGGCAGUUACGAUUGUCAAUGUCCGCCAGGUUUCAACGGCAAUCCCUUUCUCGAAUGCUUGGAGUGCAAUAGUCCAAACUGCAGGUGUCAACCUCCGUAUAAGCUCAUGGACGGAAACUGCGUUCUAGCUAGUUGUGAACCAGACGGAAAGUGUCCCAGUGGAGCCGAGUGUAUCACGAUAACGGGAGGUGUCAGUUACUGCGCUUGCCCAAAGGGAUUCAGGACGCUACCGGAUGGAUCGUGCAAGGAUGUCGACGAAUGUGCUGAACAACCACAGGCAUGUGGUUAUGGAGCUGAAUGCAGAAACAUCCCUGGUUCUUACGAGUGUCACUGCCCGAUCGGAUACGGUGGAGAACCGUACAACGGCAUCUGCGCUCCAGCUCAGAAAAAAUGCAUGGGCGACAAGCAAUGUUCUCCGAACGAGAAAUGUAUUCAACCUGGAGAAUGUGUUUGUCCACCGCCUUACUUCACUGAUGCUGAAGACGGAAACAAAUGCAAGAGUCCGUGUGAACGGUAUCCGUGUGGAUUAAACGCCAAGUGCACACCCAGUGACCCACCCAAGUGUGUAUGCGAGACCGGCUUCAAGGGCGACCCACUCCAAGGCUGCGAAGACGUGGACGAAUGCUCCGAGUCACCAUGUGCCUACGGCGCGCACUGUUUGAACCAACGAGGCGGCUACAAGUGCGUUUGCCCGAAAGGAAUGACUGGCGACGCUUACAAAGGCGGCUGUAUCCUUGAAACCCCCGGAUCACCAAAAUCGGAGUGCCACACAGAUACUGAUUGUGCCAGCAUCCUCAGUUGCCAAGAUGGCACCUGCAUCAGCCCGUGUGCAACUGUGCUUUGCGGACCGCAUGCCAGGUGUGAGCCGAAGAACCACAAAGGAAAAUGUGUCUGCGACAGCGGAUAUAACAAGAAUUCGGAAGGGCACUGCGUAUCGAUGUGCGAAGGAACAGUUUGCGCUCCAGGAGCUCAGUGCAUCGUAACCAGCUCAGGACCAACCUGCAAAUGUCAACAAGAUCUCAUCGGCAACCCUUUUCCUGGCGGCCAGUGCACGAGGGACGUUUGCUCGAAGACGAAUCCUUGCGAAGAACCAAACGUAUGCAUCAAUGGACGGUGCAAGCAAAGAUGUGAAGGGGUGAUAUGUGGAAUUGGAGCUCAUUGCAAUCCUGAUACCAAUAAGUGCGUUUGCGAUCAUCUCUUCGUCGGAAAUCCAAAUAUGUUGUGUAUGCCACCGAUUACCGGUCCAACCUGCGACCCAGUCUGCGGAAAGAACGCCCACUGUGAGUACGGCCUUACCAACCAAUGUGUUUGCAACACCGGAACUGUUGGCAACCCCUACGAAGCCUGUGAAAGGAUCGAGCGAACUACCUGCAGUCCUUCCUCCUGCGGCAAGAACGCUGAGUGCAGAGACAGCUAUAAAGGCAUCGAAUGCGUCUGUGGAAGAGGCUUCACUGGAAACCCAUACAUCUCAUGCGAAGACCUAGACGAAUGCGCUACCAACGUAUGCGGAAAUGGAGCUGUCUGUAUCAACACAGUCGGAAGUUACGAUUGUAGAUGUAAAGAAGGAUAUGCUGGCAACCCCUUCGUCAUGUGCUCGCAAGUCCAAGGGGGAAUCUGCAGAGAACCUGAGAACUGUCAAUGCAGCGAUCAAUUACUGUGCCCCCUCGGCUACAACUGUCAAAGAGGCCAAUGCAGGAACUUGUGCGCUGAUGUGAAGUGCGGUCCAGGCGCUUCUUGUGAAGGCGGUAUUUGCAUGUGUUCUCCAGGCUACUUCGGUAACCCAUCUGAUCUUGUUGAGGGAUGUAAAAUGCACGGACAGUGUAGUAGCGAUGCAGAUUGUUUUGAAUCAGAAAUUUGCUUCCAGUUUGGAAAAGGCGUACGUAAAUGCGUGGAUGCCUGCAGCAAAGUGCAGUGUGGUCCGAACGCGCUCUGCGUAGCUGAGAAUCAUAGAUCGUCUUGUAUAUGCAAUCCAGGAUUUUCUGGAAACCCUGGCGAUUUGAACGUUGGUUGCCAAUUAGAGAAGAGUCUACCACCAAAAGAAUGCGAAAACGAUCAUGACUGUUCAUUUGGAACGAUCUGUUCAGUAGAUGCGAAUGGUAUUCAGAAAUGUAUCAGUCCAUGUGAAACGGUGGCUUGUGGUACCAACGAGGUAUGCCAACUUGACGUCAACGGUCACCCAACAUGCGCUUGCAAAGGUGAAUAUAUCUGGAACCCUGUCACCUCAGCUUGCGAGAAACCUUCGGUGCCAGACUGUUCCACAGAUGUUGAUUGCGAGCUAACCGAGUCGUGCCAACCCGAUGCUUUGAAUAUCUUGAAAUGCGUUCCAGUUUGUGACCAUUUCACAUGUCCUGAUAACGCUGCCUGCGUAGCUGAGGCCCAUCGAGGCCAAUGUCACUGUUUAACAGGAUACACAGGCAAUCCGAAUGACCGAAAUGGUUGCAAACCACUCCUUCAGAAUCAAUGUACCUCUGAUGCAGAAUGUCAAGAACAGGAGAGUUGUAGGAAGCAUGAAGAACAUAAAAUUAUGAUGUGUCAACCUGCGUGCGAUCAAAUCAAAUGUGGACCAAACGCAAUCUGCGUUGUCAACAACCAUGCGCCACAGUGUCAGUGCCCACCAGGUGCCUAUGCUGGUGACCCUAACGAUCUGAAAACGGGAUGCAAAUCUGUGCCAUGUGUCUACAACAUCGACUGUCCCAAAUACCAGCUAUGUGACAGAAUGAGCCAUACAUGCAAGGAUGUAUGUGAUGAUGAAUCUUGUGGCGACAAUGCUGUCUGCAUAGCCGAAGAUCACAAAUCCGUUUGUCAAUGUCCACCUGGUACCGCACCAAAUCCCAUAGCGGACGUGGAAUGUAUCCCAGUAGAACCUUGCAAGCCCAGUCCCUGCCACAAGUCAGCAAUAUGUAGACCAACAUCAUCUGGUCAUACUUGUGUCUGUCCCCCUGGCAAGGUUGGCGAUCCAUAUGCUUCAGGAUGCCGACCAGAAGGUGAUUGUCCAAAUGGUGACGUUGACUGUCCACCAAAGUCAGUAUGUAAAAGUAACCGUUGCGUCAACCCUUGUGACCACUCUACUUGUGGGCCUAAUGCCGUUUGUAUCGUGCAAAAUAGAACUGCUAUUUGUACAUGUCCAUCGAAGUACAUUCCCGCUAUCAGCGGGAUGCAGGAUGGAUGUCUUCGUAUCACAUCUCGUUGCGAAUAUGACGUUGACUGUGGUAACGAUGUCUGUUUCAGUGGUCAGUGUAGAUCAGUUUGUAGGAACAACAACGAUUGCUCAGUUGGGGAAAAGUGUAUGGAGAACAUUUGUAUGAUUCCGUGCGCAGAUCACAGUCAGUGCGCCAAAGACCAAGCUUGCGUCAACGCUACCUGCAUCAUCGGAUGCAGAAGCAAUAAAAACUGUCUCUCAGAAGAAGCAUGUAUCAACAACAAAUGUCAGAACCCUUGCCAAGAUGCUGCUUGUGGCCCCAAUGCAAUCUGUUCCGCUCAUGACCACAAGACAGUCUGCAAGUGCCCUCCAGGCUUUGACGGAAACCCCACUCCUCAGCAAGGAUGCAUCAGAACACCAUCCCUUUGUCAACAAAGCUCAGAAUGUAUACCACAACAUGUUUGCCACGAAAAUCAAUGUUCGCUACCCUGUCAGAAUACCACAGGAUGUGCUAUUGGUGAAAGAUGCUAUGAAGGAUUCUGCGUUAAAGUAUGCUACAGUGAUAACAAUUGUCUCCAUGGCGAGAUAUGCCUUAAGGGAGUGUGCCAACCUGGAUGUGCCGAAGACAAGGACUGCAGGCCGUCCCAGAUCUGUUCAGAAGGCCAAUGCAAGUGCGACAAAGGCUUCAUAGGAACACCUUUAGGAUGCAUGGACAUAGAUGAGUGUGAAGCGAACCCUUGCCAUCCAACAGCCAUUUGCAAGAAUCAACCAGGCUCUUACACUUGCAUCUGCGAAGAAGGAAACGUUGGCGAUCCUUUCACAGAUCCAGGAUGUGCAGCUCCCGGUCAAUGUAGAAGAGAUACUCAAUGCGCGGAUAAUCUAGCUUGCAAGCAAGGCAAAUGCCAGAAUCCUUGUGAGACAUCGCCUUGUGGAGCCCAUGCAGUUUGCACCGUAACAAAACAUAAACCAUCAUGUUCUUGUCCUCCUGGUCAUCUUGGAGAUCCACAAGAUAAGACACUUGGAUGCUUCAAGGUGGAAUGUUUGGAAGACAUCGAUUGCCCAUCUAACAAAUUCUGCGAUGUUGGAACCAACAGAUGCUUAAACCCAUGUGAUGCCGUGAACUGUGGAAAAGGAACUUGCUCCAUCGAAGAUCACCACGCAAUAUGCUCCUGUUUUACUGGCUACGCCUUCAAGAACAACAAAUGCGUUGACAUAAACGAAUGCCUCGAAUCCAGCCCUUGCCAUUCAACAGCAACCUGCAUCAACACUGAUGGAGGCUUCACUUGCAGUUGUACUGAUGGCCUUGUCGGUGAUCCAGUGGGCACUGGCUGCAGAAAACCUGGUGACUGUCUUACAGACACCGAUUGUCCAUCAUCAGCUGCUUGCAUCGACAACAAAUGUAGAAACCCAUGUGACAUCCCUAGUGCUUGUGGCAAGAACGCUGAGUGCAUCCCAGUAGCUCAUGAAGCCACAUGUAGAUGCCCAGCUAGAACCAAGGAAGAUGCCAACCACAACUGCAUCCCGAUAGAAUGUGUGGAUAACAACGACUGUGUAAAUGAUAAAGCUUGCGUAGACUCAAAAUGUGUAAAUCCAUGUACCUUAGCGAAUGUUUGCGGCGAAAAAGCGGACUGCACUGCAUCAAACCACCAAGGUGUAUGCGUAUGCCAAGCGGGUACCACAGGAGAUCCACAUCUGGGUUGCGUACCGGUACAAUAUUGUGCUAAAGACGCUCAGUGUCCAUCAGGCCUCAAGUGUUACAACGGACUAUGUACUUCUAUCUGCUCUUCAUCCAGAGAGUGCAUUGGAGAUCAACUCUGUAUCCAAGGUAUAUGCCAACCUACGUGUAAAACGAACACCUCUUGCCCAGAACACCAGUUUUGCCAAAACAACAUUUGUAUCCAAGAAGUGAAAUGUAGGGCUAACCCUGAUUGUGACUCCAAAGAGAAAUGUCUGACCGAUCCGCUAGGAAGAGCUGAAUGUAUAGACGCUUGCGAAGGGGUGCUUUGUGGAAGAAACGCCGAAUGUACUUCAAAGAACCACAAAGCUUCGUGCAGCUGUAAGGCAGGAUACAAAGGAAAUCCUAAUGAUGACAAGCUCGGUUGUCAAAAGGUGGAAUGUGAGACCAACGAACAAUGUAGCAACGACAAACUUUGCGACCAGUACAUGUGCAAGAUAGCCUGCUUGGUGCACAAUCCUUGUGGAAAGAACGCCCUUUGCUCUGCUGAACAUCACAAACAGACAUGUUACUGCCAGCCAGGUUAUACAGGAGAUCCAUUGAGAGGCUGCAAGCUGAUCGAUUUCUGUGCUGAUAGUCCUUGUGGACCAGGAGCUCAAUGCCACAACUCAAGAGGAUCCUUCAAAUGCCAAUGUCCUCAAGGUCAAGUCGGAGAUCCCUAUAACGAAGGUUGUAGGGCCCCAGUAGAAUGCAAUAAUGACAAUGAUUGCCCUUCAUUCGCCUCUUGCGAUAAAUCUAACGGAGUACAUAAAUGCAGAGAUGUCUGCGAGAAAACCCAGUGCCUGCCAAACGCCGAGUGCGUAGCUGUUGAUCAUGUAGGACACUGCACUUGCAGGGAUGGAUAUCAAGGUGACCCGAACGACCCUGUUACAGGUUGUAAACCGAAACUGCUUAACUGCAGAACAACCGCGGAUUGUCCAGCGAAUACCUACUGUUACGGCGAUGUCUGCAGUCCUCCUUGUCAAGAAAACGUUGAUUGUCAACACAGCGAGCAGUGUCUGUAUGGUCAAUGCAUCAAUCCAUGCGUACUGCCAAAGGCCUGUGGAGUCAAUGCUCUAUGUGAGAUGGAAGAACAUGUGAAAACAUGCAGCUGCCCGCAUGGUUUCACAGGAAACACCGAGGUCGAAUGUAUCAGAUUGCCAGUACCAUGUUCCACCAACCAAGACUGCACGAACUCUUCAGUUUGCAAAGAUAACAUGUGCCAACCUCGAUGCAAGCUUGACACCGACUGUGCCUACAACGAGAAAUGCCUGAAAGGCAACUGUCAACUGACCUGCCGUGUGGACAAUGACUGCUUCCUGGGCCACAUCUGCCUGCAUCACAUGUGCUUCUUUGGCUGUCAUAGUGACGAUGACUGUGCAAGCACAGAGUCCUGCAUCAACAACAAGUGUGCCAGUCCAUGUAGUGCCAACCCGUGUGGACCAAACGCAAUUUGCACUGUGUCUAAUCAUAGAGCGACUUGUUCUUGUGGGGAAGGUUUUGUGCCUAAUCCAUCGGCUAAGGUGGCAUGCGUCAGGGCGCCUGCGCAGCCGUGCAAGGAAAACAGGGAGUGUCAAAAAGGUAAUAUCUGCACGGAGGGCUUCUGUAGAACGAUCUGCUCAUCUGAUAAAAAUUGCCUCAGUAACGAGCGUUGCGAAACUUCAACUGGAGUCUGCAAACCGAUCUGCAGAAAGGACGACGAUUGCAGGAAUGAUGAAAUAUGUGAAGGACUCGCUUGCACGAUCGGUUGCAGGAGCGAUUCUAAUUGUCCCUCAGACGCUGCCUGUGUUAACAACAAAUGCGUAGACCUUUGCGCGGCACCAACAGCUUGUGGAACAAACGCUCUAUGCCAAAUGGUGGAGCACAAGAAGCAGUGCGUCUGUCCUGAACCUCUGGUGGGUGAUCCAUUGGAAACCUGCAAAUACCCUCUAAGGCAGUGUCUUGUUGAACAGGAGUGUUUGGCAGGACAAACAUGCGUAGCUGGAACAUGCCAAGGAGUGUGUCGAACUGAUCACAGCUGUCUGGCAGACGAAAGGUGCAUCAAAGGAGUUUGUAAGACAGUGUGUAACUCUGACGCUUCCUGUGGUCCAACUCAAAUAUGCGAGAACAGAAUCUGUGAAAUAGGCUGCCGAAGCGACUCAGUCUGUGCCUCAGACCAAGCUUGUAUCAACAACAAAUGCACGAACCCUUGUGGCGCUUCCACAACCUGCGGCACCUGCGCUAACUGCACAGUGAACAAUCACGUAGCCCAAUGCAGCUGUCCCAUCAAUUUCCUCGGCAACCCGUUGGUCGCUUGCACGCAAGUAGCAACUAGGUGCAAUCCCAGCUGCGAAUGUGACGAGGUCGGGUACUGCACGAAGUCUUGCUCAGCAAUGUCAGAAUGUUCGUGUGGAGAGACCUGCGUCGCAGGGAAGUGCAGGAACAAGUGCACAUCGCAGAGUCAGUGCGCUCAAGGUCAACUUUGCACUCGCGGCGCUUGUUUGCCGGGUUGCAAGUCGAAUAACGACUGUCCCAAUGCGGAGUAUUGCAAGAACAGGAAAUGUCAAGAUCCGUGCGCGCAGAAGAAUGCUUGUGGGAAGAGUGCGCUGUGUCAGGCUGCGGAUCAUAGGAAGGUAUGUUUAUGCCCCGAUGGUUAUCAAGGCGAUCCAGCAAAGCUUUGCGAACAAUACGAAUGCAGCAAAGACGAAGACUGUGAAUCGAACAAGAAGUGCGGUUUGGAUAAGGUGUGCCGUAAUCCCUGCCUUGAACACAACGCAUGUGGUGCGAAUGCUCAAUGUCGUGUCGUUGACCGCAAACCUCUAUGCUCAUGCCCUCCAGGUUAUAUCGGCAACGCCCAAGUGGAAUGCAAGCAAACCAAGAACGAAGAGUGCCUAAAGAACCCAUGCGGCUCAAACGCAAAAUGCAAAGACAUACCAGGAGGAUAUGAGUGUUCCUGUCCUCAAAACUGUAUUGGAGAUCCCUACAGGGGUUGUGAGUGCGAACAAGAACUGGUGAACCUGUGCAAGAACAAGCUAUGCGGCGUUGGUGCGAAGUGCAGAGUUGUCAACAGAAAAGAGGCGCAGUGUUAUUGCCCGGCCGAGAAACCCGUUGGUGAUCCAACCAUUGAAUGCUCAUCAGAACGCAGCAGUGUAGAUUGCAGAACCGAAGGUUGUGGUAAGCACGCAGAAUGUAUCCGCGAACAAGCCUUAUUCGUUUGCCGUUGCCUGCCUGGUUAUACAGGCAACGCAGAACAAGAUUGCGAGAGAGCUGCCGAAUGUAACUCUGACUUAGAGUGUCCAAAUGAGAAAGCUUGCAUCAACUUCCAAUGUAUCGAUCCGUGCUCGCUGAGAGGCGCUUGUGGACUGAACGCUCUUUGCGAAACCGUUUCUCACAGACCAAGGUGCACGUGUCCUGAAUGUCACACCGGCAUGGCCGGUACUUCCUGUCACCCUGACCAUCAAUGCUUGGCCACGCAAGGUAGACCUGCCACGAAGAUAUUUUGUCGAUCGGAUUAUGACUGCAACGAUGAGCUGGCUUGCAAUACAGCAACAGGAGAAUGCUUCGAUCCUUGUGAGCAUGCGACAUUCAAAUGCAGAGAUAACAAAAAAUGCGAGGUACACCAUCACAGACCAGCAUGUGUUUGCAAGAAAGGUUUCAAAAUGAAUGAGAACGGAGAGAUAUCUUGCGCUCCUGACCAAGCUGAAUGCAAUAAUGACGACGAAUGCCCGUCGAACAAGACCUGCAUAUACGGUUUUUGCAAAAAUCCUUGCACUGAGGUUAUCAAAUCGCCGUGCUCGCCUGAUAAAGGGUGCGACGUGCUAAACCACAAACCGAUUUGCAUAUGUUUGAAGAACUGUACGCCAUCCUUAUCGAUUUGCUUGAGAGAUAACGGUUGUCCACAAGACCAAGCUUGCAGAGCGUUCAGAUGCGAAGAUCCUUGUCUGAUGGCCAAUUGUCCAGAAAAUUCACCGUGUCACGUAGAAGAUCACAGGCCAGUUUGCAAGUUCUGUCCGGCAGGGUUUAAGUCGGAUCCGAAAUAUGGAUGCGUGCAAGAUAUAUUGUGUCGGUCUCAUUCUGAAUGCUCAUCGAAUCAAGCAUGUAUAAAUAAAAAGUGCCAAAACCCAUGCGUCAUAUCAAAUCCAUGCUCACAAUCCCAAGACUGUCAGGUACAGGAACAUCAACCAGUGUGCGUUAAAGUAUGCCAAUGUCAAAAGGACUCAGACUGUGGAAACCACAACUACGUUUGCGACGGAUGCCAAUGCGCAUAUGGAGAACCUCGAAUUCCUGCGCCUCAAUGCCCCAACUGUCCUCCAGGUAUACCAUGCAAUCCUCUGACGGGAGUGUGCCUCAAAGAUGGUUACCACACCCGAAACACUAACAGAAACACAAACACAAAUAACAACCGCUAUCCCUGCUACCACUCUAACAUUUAUUAA